ACAUAUACAACACAUAAUUCUAUGACUUGCUAACUGAACUCAAACGGCGCCACUGUCUCUUGUCUCAUAAAAGCAUGCAAAGAUGGGUCGUAUGCACGCACCAGGAAAGGGUAUAUCCCAGUCAGCGUUGCCAUACAGACGCAGUGUGCCAACAUGGUUAAAGUUGACGCCAGAAGAUUGCAAAGAAUUGAUUUAUAAACUAGCAAAGAAGGGUCACACGCCAUCUCAAAUUGGUGUAAUUCUUCGAGAUUCUCAUGGAGUUGCUCAGGUGCGUUUCCGAACUGGAAACAAGAUUUUGAGGAUUGUGAAGAGCAUGGGACUUGCUCCAGAUUUACCAGAAGAUCUUUAUUAUUUGAUCAAGAAAGCAGUAGCCAUCAGGAAGCAUUUAGAAAGAAACCGCAAAGAUAAAGACAGUAAAUUUAGACUAAUUCUUGUUGAGUCGAGAAUUCAUCGGCUUGCCCGUUAUUACAAAUCGAAGGGAACCCUACCUGCAAAUUGGAAAUAUGAGAGUUCUACUGCUAGUGCUCUUGUCGCAUAAUUACCUUUUCCCAUUUAUCAAUAAAAUGAAAAUGUAAAUAUCAAGUGGUUGUUUUAUAGAAUCCAUGCAUUAAACAAAUAAAUAGUAAGUUAAUAUUAA